CCCGCCUCCGUUUCAAUCCCCAAAUCCCCUCUUCCCUCCCUCCGAUCCCUAGGGUUUACUCCCUCCCCCCGCCAUGGCCAAGCCCAAGACUAGGGGGAGGAGGUCGGCCCCCGCGCCACCGCCUCCGCCCACGCCUCCCCCUCCGCCCGCGCCGCCGGCGAACGUGAUCGACCUCACCUCCUCCCCCGACGCCUCCACCACCAAGGGCGGCGGCAGCGGAAACCGGACCAAGCGGGCUCCCCCCUCGCUGCUCGACAUCGAACUCGACGGGAUCGAGAUGUGGACCCCGGGCCAGAAGCGCCGCCUCGACGAGGACUGCUGCAUCCUCUCCGCCGACCCGCUCUCCCCCGACGUCGUCGCUGCCACCGCCGCCGCCGCCGCGAACGAUGACGUCGCCGUCGUCGCCGAGCGCGGCAAGGUGGCGUGCCGUGACUACCCCCAUCCGAGAUCUGCCUGCGCCAAGUUUCCAUUCGGCACUACACCCCAUGAUGAUCAUUGCGAGCAGUGCUUCUGCUACGUAUGCGACGUGCCUGCCCCAUGUUCCUCAUGGAAGGGAGAAAAAGGGCAUUGCCAUGCGUCGGACAAGGACAAGAAAUGGAAGGUCAAGAGAACGGCCAGGCAGAAGCGAACACAAGUAGUCAAGUAGCGCUUACUUGAUGGAGAAAAUUAGUUGAUCCCACGCGGCGCAGGCCUGGGGCUGGCCAUUUUUCACUUACCAGUCGGGUUACUGCAGCAGUAAUUGUACAGCGUUAGAAUAUGGAGUUAAUUAGUACUCAUGUUCCUAUAUAUAGUAUCAAUGGGUUAGCAACAAUAAUAGUAUAUGAUAUAACUAUGGAGAAUUAUCAGUAUCCAUUUUAUUGUGGCGUCUAA